AUGUACCAGUUACCGAUACGAGGCAAUAUCUUUAUGAAACCCAUUCCCCCUUCCCACUCUCGCCCCCCCCCUCUCUCUCUCGCCCCUCUCUUUUCCAACUCGCUCCCCAUUCUCCUCUCACUCACCACUCCCUCCUCUCUAACUCCCCUCUCACUCACCACUCGCUCCCCACUCACUCUCCUCUCUCUCCCAUUCAAUCACCACUCACUCCCCUCUCUCUCCCCACCCGCUCCCCUCUCUCUCAUCCAUUCCCCCAACUCUCUUCCCACUCACUCCGCACUUGCUCACCACUCUGUUCCCUCUCACUCCCCUCUCUCUCCCAACUUACUUUCAACUCACUCCCCUCUCAUUCCCUCCCCACGCACUCACCUCUCACUCCCCUCCCCUCUCACUCACCACCCUCUCACUCUCUCCCCACUCACUCCCUACUUACCACUCUUUCUCCACUCACUCACCUCUCACUCACCUUCCUCUCUCUCCCCUCUCACUCACCACUCACUCCCCUCCCUCUCACUCACCCCCACUCAUUCACCACUCACUCACCACCCUCUCCCCUCUCACUCACCACUUACUCCCCUCUCUCUCCCCUCUCACUCACCACUCACUCCCCUCUCACUCACUCACCAUUCACUCCCCUCUCACUCACCACUUACUCCCCUCUCUCUCCCCUCUCACUCACCAUCCUCUCCCCUCUCACUCACCACUCACUCCCCUCUCUCUCACUCACUCACUCCCCUCCCUCUCUCACUCCCCAUUAACUCACCUUCCUCUCUCUCCCCUCUCACUCACCACUCACUCCCCUCCCUCUCACUCACCCCCACUCACUCCCCUCUCACUCACUACUCACUCCCCUCUCACUCACUCCCCUCCCUCUCCCCACUCACUCACCACCCUCUCCCUUCUCACUCACCACUCACUCCCCUCUCUCUCUCACUCACCACUCACUCACCUCUCUCUCUCUCUCACUCACCACUCACCACCCUCUCCCGUCUCACUCACCACUCACCACCCUCUCCCGUCUCACUCACCACUCACCACCCUCUCCCGUCUCACUCACCACUCACCACCCUCUCCCGUCUCACUCACCACUCACUCCCCUCUCUCUCACUCACCACUCACCACCCUCUCCCGUCUCACUCACCACUCACUCCCCUCUCUCUCACUCACCACUCACCACCCUCUCCCGUCUCACUCACCACUCACUCCCCUCCCUCUCACUCACUCCCCUCUCUCUCACUCACUCACCUCUCUCUCACUCACUUCUCACUCCCCUUUCACUCACCACCCUCUCCCGUCUCACUCACCACUCACUCCCCUCUCUCUCUCACUCACCACUCACUCACCUCUCUCUCACUCACCACUCACUUACCUCUCACUCCCCUCUCACUUACUACUCACUCCCCUCUUACUCACCACUCACUGUUGGUGAGUGAGAGGUGA